AUGGCAGCUCCGGACCUUUCGCCGUUGGCCAAAAAGACGCUCGACGUCUCUCGUGGCUUCAUAUACACCUACUACACCUCGCCCACCCGCAACUCCAAGCCUACCCUCCUCCUCUUCCAUGGCUGGCCUGACACGGCGCGUCUCUGGGCCGGUCUCAUCAACAACUACCUCAUCCCAAAUGGCUUCGGCGUCGUGGCGCUGGACAACCUCGGCUUCGGUGAUACGUCGAAGCCCACCGACCCAGAAGAUUACGCAUGGCACCAUGUCGCAGCCGAUGCUGUCGAGAUUCUCGACACCGAGUGCUUAACCAAAGUCAUCGCCCUCGGCCAUGACUGGGGCUGCCUCAUCGCCCAACGGCUGUACAACUUUCACCCCGAUCGCACCUGCGGCCUUGUCACGUUGAACGUUCCUUACAUGCCACCCACUGGCCACUUUGAUCUCGAAACGGUCAACGAAACGACGAGGAGGGCAUUCGGCGUUGGCAUCUUCGAGUACUGGCACUUUUUCCUCGCCGAGGACUCGGUAGACCUCAUGAAUCAGAACCUCGAGUCUGUAUAUAGUGUCACUUUCGGCGAGCCGCAAACCUGGCUCGAGAACUGGUGCACGCCCGGCAAGAUGGGUGAGUUCAUCACCAGAGGCCGCAUGCAACCGACGCUACCGUUCGCUACACCGGAGCAUAGAGCCGACUUUAUGGAGCGAUACAGCAGAGACGGCGGGUUUGCCGCGUCAAGAUGUGUUUACACUGUGACGGGCUCCGGGAUCCAGGAUAAGUCGGAGAGGAUGCUGAGCGAGGAUGUUAAGACGGUCGCGUGCCGGUGCUCUAUUGGGGCGGGAAACAGGACUACGUGUGCAGACCUGAAUUACUUGAGCGGAGCAUCGCCGCUGGAGUGCUGCCAGAUGUCAAGAGUAUGA